GUGGCAAAUUAGUAUCUGACCCAUUCGGUACCAUUGGCUGAACAUUCAAUGGUGGGCCCGGGCACCUGCAAUGCAUGAAAGCCCAGUGCAAGCACAAUAGGCAACGCCUGGAAAAUGCCGCAAUCGCAUCAAGCUCUCGUCCUCAUACUGAAAAUGGUGAAAAGCCCGCCAUUGAAAGCUCUUUCACUCUUCAACUCCUCAACUCUCCAAGGCCUCCAACACAACCACGAAUCCUUAUCCUUCAUCUUACACCACAUCCUCUCCUCCAACAUGCUAUCUCACGCCCACUCUCUCAUUCUACAAAUACUUUCUGGUCGAAUCUCCUCUCCUGAUUUCACUCCUUCGUCUCUUCUCCACUAUCUAACACAAACUUAUUCGAACUUAGAUUCAAACCAUGUUCAUCUCUAUGAAGCAAUCAUCAAUGCCCAUGUUCUAUCUCAAUUGCCAGAGCAAGCGCUCUUCUACUUGAAUAUGAUGAUUGAUAAGGGCCUUGUGCCUGGACCACACACUUUCAAUAAUCUUUUGGGUUGUCUUGUCAAGUCAAAUUGUUUUGAGAAAGCAUGUGCUGUUUUCAAUAAAGCACGGGGUAAGGUUCAAAUGGAUGUGUAUAGUUUCGGGAUUAUGAUUAAGGGUUGUUGUGAGGCUGGUGAUUUGAAGAAAGGGUUUGAGCUUUUGGUUCAGUUGGAGGAAAUGGGCUUGUCUCCAAAUGUUGUUAUCUACACUACUUUGAUUGAUGGGUGUUGUAAGAUAGGCGAUAUUGAGCGGGCCAAGGAGUUGUUUCGUGAAAUGGGAGAGCUUGGUUUGGUCGCUAAUCAGCACACUUACACGGUGUUGAUCAAUGGGUUUUUCAAGAAAGGUUUGAAGAAGGAGGGGUUUGAGCUGCAUGAAGAAAUGGGGCGCAACGGGGUUUCUCCUAAUAUUUAUACGUAUAACUGUAUAAUCUAUGAGUAUUGUAAUGAUGGUAGAACAACUAGAGCCUUUGACCUGUUUGAUGAAAUGCGCGAAAGAGGGGUGGUUUGUAAUGUUGUUACAUUCAACACUCUAAUUGGUGGCUUGUGUCGAGAGAUGAGGGUUUGGGAAGCUGAGAAGUUGGUGGAUCAAAUGAUGAGAGUUGGUAUAAGUCCAAAUUUAAUUACGUAUAAUAUGCUGAUGGAUGGCUUUUGUAAUAUUGGAAAGUUGGAGAAGGCCUCAAAUUUAUUUGAUCGGUUGAAGUCAAUUGGCCAAUGUCCAACUCUAGUUACUUACAAUGUUCUAAUUGCGGGUUUUUGUAGAGUUGGGAAUUCAGUACAAGCUUCUGAUUUGAUAAGGAAGAUGGAGGAGAGAGGGAUUUCUCCUUCUAAAGUGACAUAUACAAUCCUAAUCAAUGCCUUUGUUCGAUCAGGUGACAUGGAAAAAGCAUUUCGUAUAUAUUAUUCCAUGGAGAAGGCAGGUUUGGUUCCAGAUGUUUAUACAUUUGCUGUAUUAAUACAUGGUUUAUGCAUAAAGGGUAAUAUGAAGGAAGCCUCAAAGCUGUUCGAGUCCAUGAGUGAGAUGCAUUUAGAGCCAAACGAUGUGAUAUAUAAUACAAUGAUUCUUGGGUACUGCAAAGAGGGUAGCUCUUACAGGGCAUUGAGGUUGCUUCAAGAAAUGGGUCAGAAUGGACUGGUUCCAAAUGUAGCCUCCUACAGUUCAACCAUUGGAGUUCUUUGCAAGGAUGGGAAGUGGACAGAGGCUGAAAUUCUACUUAAAUCAAUGACAGAGUCAGGUUUAAAACCAUCGAUUUCAGUCUACAAUAUGAUUUCUCAAGCCAAAAAUGGCUCAUGAUUCAAGUUUUUGACAUGGUAUAUUGAAGGAAACAAGAAAUGUAAUGAAAAUUUUAUGAAUUCGCUGUUUUGUGGCUUGAUUGACUACUAGCAUAAAGCUACCAUCGUACAGAGCUGAAAUUUCGAUAAUUCUUGGUGCCAUGAUAGAAUUAUCCCAAGUGAUAAUAGAGGGCCCCUUCCGUGGAGCAGUACAGCGCUCUAACCCUGGUAGAUAACAUUAGGAUUGGAAUUGAGGGAUUAAUUAUGUGCCAGUAGAGCUGCAGUGUAAAAUUUAUCAGCAGGGAUGUUCUAUUCAGUGCUGCACUUCCCGUUAGAAGACAGAAUAGACGGCAGUGAAUGAAUGGGUAGAAUGAGGAAGGCCCAAUUAGCUGAAGCUGUAUUCCCAUGAUGGUAUGCCAGAUCAAUCAUAUGUAGGGUGGACUUACCAUUAGAGACUCUGUAACUUAAUUAGUUUAGUUUUGGCAUUACAACAAUAGGCUAUGGCUCCAAUCUCGGCCACUAAAUUACAGCAUCAAACAAACUAUCAUUUGUUCUCGUGGCUUCCAUGAGGUGCAGCUCCCUGUGAAGUUUCAACUUAAAUGUCUGUGAUCAUGGAAAAUGAUAUUGUUGUUUGAUCCCUCCUGUGAUAACACCCUAGGUUGUACUUGGGAAAAUCAAGAAAUUGGGGAAUGCAAUUGGUGAAAGACAUGAAAAGAAUUGAUAUCAGUGUCUUAGGAUUGACAUGAUGCAAUUUGUGACCUUUCUUAAGAGUAGCUGGAAUGGAUUGUGCCGGGUACUAGGGUAGCCAAUUUGCUCAGUAGUGGUUAUAAAUGAUUGUUAUGAUGCAUUGAAGUUACCUUUGGUGGUCGUUGUUUAUUGCUGCAAAAGCAUAUAAUAUCAACUUGAGAGUAUUGCAUGUUUA